AUGCUUGGACUCUCAGGUGUUCAGCAACAGCAACCCUAUCAUCAGCAUACUUCACAACAGCAGUUUCUGCGUGCUAAAGGGCGACGAUGUCUUUACUGCCAGCAGCAGGGAUGUCCGGGCUUACAGAACUGCUGGUGGCCGCGCCUUCGGUCUUUAGGGUCCAGACCGCACCGCAAGGCGGAAUCCGAUUUUCCACAGCAUUUUUGGUGGGAUGGAGAUGUGAGGAGCGAAGAGAAGAACGUGAAUGCCAUGGAAGAAAACUUGCGGGCGCAAAUACGUGUCUUGGAGCAUGAGGUGCAGCUACUCCGCGCUGGCCUUCACAACAUUGCCUCCGUCAAUCGCCGCGGUAAGAAGGACGUUGCCACCAUGACCACCCCCGAUGUGCAUCUUUCCACUGACUAUCCCUCCGAUCUCUUGUUCAGUCACAGUGUUAAGAGUAGCGGCAGCGGUCUUCGUCCGCCGAGCCACCCCGUCGUUUCCUCUCUGCCUGGUGGAAUUUUACUACAACAACAACAACAACACCUCCGGGAAGAGCAGCAGCAGAAGUCUGUGAAAGGGGUUGGUUGUGUUGACUUUUCCCACCCAGAAGGGAAAGUGGCAGCCGGGGUGGCGGACGUGUCUGCAUCGCCACCGCUCCAAGGAGACCCGGAAUCGAAAGACGUGGAGGGACUGGAUCACCUUUUGAGGGAGCUGACCGCACAAAACGUGGCACUUUGCAGAAGACUUGCGGAGAUGAAAAUUGUUCUCGAGCAGCGUGACACACUUCUCCAGUCUAUUCUGGCGGAAAGAUUGAAAUUGAAUGCCACGCACGCUUCAUCGUCGGUGCAGGCGUUCGCCUCCGCUCAAUUAACCGGGCAACCGAAAGAAUUAUUUUCGCACCUUCAGGAGGCGCAGGAGGAGGUGGCACAUCUUCGGGAAGAGACACGACAAUUGAAGACGGCACUAAAAGGUUGCAAGGCAAAUCUGGAAGAGAAUAACACCGAAGCAGAGGAGCUUCGGCGUCAGAUACGGCCGCCCACACUUUUUUCGAAGGAGUUGAACACCAUUGCCGCUACGCCACCCCUUUUGGCGACCGAUGGAAAUGCUCCUUCACUGCCAACGGCAGCCGCAGCCGCAGCCGCGGCGGAGUUUAGGACCAAAGAGCCCACCGUCAUUGUUGUGAAUGAUUCCGCCCCCGUGCCAUACGAAAAUACGGCAACAGACGCUGCGUCAAUGAAGGCGGAGAUGCGUGAGCUUCAGGAGCGCUUGGCAUUGGCGGAACGAAAGGUUCUCGCCUGGGAAUCGUGGUAUAGAGAACAGACGCAGCAACCAUCGUCCAAAGAAAAGGACUCACGGAAAAUAACGCAAGAAGGAACCGAUGUUUUUAACGAAGAAAACGUCUUUCCGAUGAUCCAGAAAAGCCCACAACGUGCAUCCAAGAAGGUGCUGCGAGCUUUGCCUGUCACAGCUCCCGCAAAUCAUGUAAACUGGCGUAAUGUUUUCUCAUGGCAAAAAGAAAUGGUGUCAGAUGCACUGACAAUUGACACAUAUGCUCUCAUGGCACGGGAGGCCGCCCUGCGUCAAGUGGCAGAGCAGGAGCGAGCGGAUGUUUUGGCUGCACUCAUGACGGAUAGUGCAAGUGAUGAUGACCAGCAGGAGUGA